AUGGGCUUAUGUGAGGGUAAUGCUGAGAAGGUUGAGGGUGAUGGAGGUGAGGGUGGUGAAGAGGAUGGUGAAGAUCCUUUCCUUGCUGCCGUCGCUGUUGUCUGGAAGUGGAUAUAUGCAAGCGAGCUGGAGAUUGUCAGCCUCCGUGAGCUUGUGGAUGGGAUUCCGACGGAUGAGGCACAACAGAUUCUCACUUACUUGGUUGAUGUAGAAGAUGAAGAUGCAACUGGUUUGACGCAGAUCGUGAAUCAGUCAGGAAGUGCAUCAGGACGCAUGGACGAAAAUGUAGCGGAGCUAAGCGGAGCUUAA